AUGUCGCAGAAGGCUGACCCGUCAGGGCUAUAUUUUGCUGUCUCUAACCUGCUUUCAAGGGGAGGGUUCACAAUACCAAAGCAGACUCUGGAUUCGUCACGAACCUCGUACAGCAAGUACACACUCCCGACAUAUACUAUUCUAGUCCAGGAAAGGCGGAAGGGAAUCGUUCGAUUCUUUCUCGAGCACUGUCAGCUGCAACAGAUUCACGUUAGAGGUCAUCGUCUCAAGGUGCCACCAAUGUCAAGUCCUCGACCUGAUAAUACAACAGAUAGAAACAACAUGCGGACCGGGAGGGCUACGCCAGUAGGAGUUUCUGAGCGUGCCAAUCUGUCACAUGCCUCAAUAACGGCCCGAAACGAAUCCACAUCAUCAAAGUCAUUUACUACCGAUUGCGACUCAUUAAUCAAGAUACCGUUGUCUUCACUCUCCAGGGAAUACCCUAGUGACUACAAUGACCUCGAAGCUUUUGCAAAACGUUCGGUCGAGGAACGCCAAAGGAAAGCGAAGGAGGAAGGGAAGGUAUUGAGGCCAUUGAACUCGUACAUGCUGUAUCGAAAAGCAUACCAGCAAGUUGCUCGGCGAGUACUCAGCAAUGAUCAGCAGCAACUUGCUUCCAAGAUUGUUGGUAUAUCAUGGAACAAUUAUGAGCCUAAGGAGAUCAAGGACAGAUUCAAGUCUUUGGCGAAAAUCGAUAACCAAAUGCAUCGUAAAGCAUUUCCCGCAUAUAAAUACACCCCUAACCAAGCAAAGAAGUCAAAGAGCGGCGCACUGGACUCUAAGAAACUGUCACCCUCAAUCGAGCGCCGGAUAUGCCGACGGUUCAGUAACAAAGAAGCAUAUCCUCAUGGAACUUCGGGGAAGAAACUUAUUCGACCAAAUCACGUAGAAGCACUAGGGCAGCAUCAAUCCGGUGAAGGGAACAUGAACAUUAAGUGGUGGACACAGGGGCCACCAAGCUUCGCAAACCCUUUGGUGUACCAUGGUGGGCAUCAUGAUCGCUAUGAGCAGCCCUUCGCCGCGGAGUCUAGGUACUUUGAGUCUCAAUACCCCGACGUCCUCGAUGAUGCCUCUUUCAGUCAAUUACCAACUCAACAGGCAGCACUGGCUGCUAACACGCAUGAGCGCCUUGCUGGGGAUGAAUGUAUUGCACCGUUGUUCCUCCAGUCGUUUGAAAACAUGAGCACUUCCCAGAACCCUGGUGGAUAUUUGGAUUGGCAAUCCCAAGAGACGCAAGUAGUCCAUGACUUUUCUCCUAUUACACCUGACAUGAAUGCUGGUCAAGCUGCCGACCACGCAUAUGAAGGGCAGGAGGAGUGGGCAGUUCAGCAUAUUGAUGAACGACAGAAUGCUUUUGGCUGGCAUCCAAUCAGCGAACAGAGAAGCAGAUAA